AUGAUCAGAUCUUUGACAACAUACACAGACAAAGGCGAGAAGCAUGAGCAGGGAAAGUUCCUCUGCUUUGAUCACUUGACCUUCUGGGUUGGAAAUGCAAAACAGGCUGCAUCAUAUUACUGUAACAAGCUGGGAUUUGAGGCUUUGGCCUACCAAGGUUUGGAGACAGGCAGCCGAGAUGUGGUGUCCCAUGUAGUCAAACAAGGCAAGAUUAUAUAUGUGUUCUCAUCUGCCCUCAAUCCUGGAAACAAAGAGAUGGGAGAGCACUUAGUUAAGCACGGGGACGGAGUGAAAGAUAUCGCAUUUACAGUGGAGAACUGUGACUUCCUAGUGCAGAAAGCCUGUGAGCGAGGUGCAAUAAUUAUAAAGGAGCCCCACACCCUGGAGGACAAGUAUGGUAAAGUAAGGCUGGCUGUGCUUCAAACGUAUGGUGACACCACACACACAUUUGUGGAGAGGAUGGGAUACAGUGGGUUGUUUCUGCCAGGUUACAAGCCCCCUUUGUUCCAAGACCCUUUAUUAGCCAAACUACCAAGUGGAAAACUGAACUUCAUUGAUCAUGUUGUGGGAAACCAACCAGACGAUGAGAUGGUUCCAGUGGUUGAAUGGUAUCAGAAGAACCUUCUCUUUCACCGCUUCUGGUCGGUAGAUGACAAGCAGCUUCAGACAGAGUUCAGUGCACUGCGCUCUAUUGUGGUGGCAAACUAUGAGGAGACUGUGAAGAUGCCCAUCAACGAACCUGCCAUGGGGAAAAGAAAGUCUCAAAUCCAGGAGUAUGUGGAGUAUUAUGGAGGUCCAGGAGUGCAGCACAUUGCCAUGAACACAUCAGAUAUUAUCACCGCAAUUCGUAACCUAAAGGAGCGUGGGAUGGAGUUCAUGUGUGUGCCUGACACUUACUACGAGCAGCUGAGGGAAAAUCUAAAACACUCAAAGGUCAAAGUUGCAGAGGACAUGGAUGUCCUGCAGGAGCUGAAGAUCUUGGUGGACUACGAUGACAAUGGCUAUUUACUUCAGAUCUUUACCAAGCCAGUGCAGGAUCGCCCCACUGUGUUCUUAGAGGUCAUUCAGAGACAUAACCACCAGGGCUUCGGUGCAGGAAACUUCAAGUCUCUUUUUGAAGCCAUUGAAGCAGACCAACAUGCUAGAGGAAAUCUGACAAUCCUGACACCAAAUGGAGUUUCAAAGAGCAUGUGA